CAUCCACAGUUGGUCCUGCAAGCAUGGGACGCUGGCUUAUGGUGCUAGUAUAGCAUUAGCUUCUUAGCCGCCUAACGUUAGCUUGUAUGUACACGUUAGCUAACCCUAGCUAUUUUACUGGCGAGGUGACGUGAGAAACCUAUAACACUCUGUUGAGUUCAAGAGUGGUUCAGUAUCUCUUUAGAAAUGUAACAUGUUUGCUAAAUUCUCUAGUUUAAGACAAACACACUUCUGAGUAAAGCUGGUCGACGGUGUGCUAUAGGUUAUGAUGGCCAGGGUUAGCUUAUACAGCUAGCCAUAAACAGUCCUCAAUUUGGCAAAUCCAGUCACUUUGUCAGCUACUUUUAGCCGGUUGGUACAACAGCCACAGAGCUAACCAUCAGUUAUGGUGGUAAUUGACUAACGUUACAUUGAAAUGCAUGAUAAUCUGUUGUGGUCAACUCUUUGGAAACAAUGGAAAAGUUUGCAAGUUUGUAAAUGUAUUCUAUUUAUAUAAGGUUGGUGUAGACUCGAUACUGUGUUUUAAACUGAGCGUCGUGACCUCAAAGUUUAUUGUUGAGUUCACGUCCCCAUCACAACACAGCCUCAUGUAGGAUGGAAUGGAACAUCACUUCUAAACACCUCAAGGAAAAACGAUAAUGCUUGUUUCUGUUGUACAAAUACAUUUUGUCACCACUCAGUGCAUUGAUGAACCACACAGUGCACAGACGCGACGGCUAUGGCGAACACAGAGGUCACUGUGUCCAUGGGGGACAUGGUGGUGGUAAAAACCACAGACCAGGACGAGGAGGGCGACCCAGACAAUGGAGGAAAAACGCAGGUCAUCCUUCAGCUUCAGCCCAUCACAUCUGGGUUGGGGGAGGAUUCUGGGGAGGCGGAAACAGCUGUGGUGGCAGUGGAGGCACAGGAGGAGGCAUUAGAUGAGGAGGGAGUGGAGUUAGGAUACCCCAUUACUUGUGGAGAGAGUCGAGCGGUGCUCCUCUUUAAGAAGUUCGUAUGUCCCGGAAUCAAUGUGAAAUGUGUGCGGUAUGAGGACCAGUUGAUUAGUCCUAAGCAGUUUGUGCACAUGUCAGGGAAAGCCACACUCAAGGACUGGAAGAGAGCCAUCAGAAUGGGUGGGGUCAUGCUCAGGAAGAUGAUGGAUUCUGGCCAGCUGGACUUCUACCAGCACAGCACUCUGUGCACCAACACCUGCCGCAGCACCAAGUUCGACCUGCUCAUCAGCAACACCCGCUUCCCGCCCGACAGCACCCUGCUGUCAACGCCCACCUCUACCACAGUCCCGGUGGGUAACGGUGAGCAGGGAGCUGGCGUGACGGAUCGGGCGGAGGAGGCGACGGCUGCCGCGUCGGUGGAGUGGACCACCAGCAGCGUGGAGGCCACCGCCAAGAAGGAGGGGCAGGAGAUCUCAGAGGACACUCUGAACUUCUGGAAGGGCAUCGCCGACGUGGGUCUGAUGGGGGAGGUGGUCACCAACAUCCGCACGGAGCUGCUGGAGAUGCUGAAGGGGGUCCAGCUGCGAUCUGAACACACCAGCUUGCAGGACUCGGAGGUGGCCGUGUUGAGUAAUCUGGUCCAGGUGUUCGGAUUGCUCGACUCCAUCAAGAAGAUCCUGAGCGAGAAGCGCCUUCAGACUGACCCCAGCCAAGAACAGGACCUCCAUACACUGACCAGUUUGGAGCAGCAGCUGGAGGAGCAAAAGAAGCAGCAAGCCCAGAGUUGGCUGGCCCUCAACAGCAUGGUGGCGCCACCUCCACCGCCUCCGACCAAGCGCGCCCCGAAGCGUCCGCGUCUGCAGCGUCCAGCCUCCACCACCACUCUCCUCAGCCCGUCGUCGCUGUCGCCCGCCGCCGCCGGCGCCCUGGGCCAGCCGCUGACCCUGCAGCCGCAGCAGUUCACCGUCCUCUCGCCGAUCACGCUGUCGUCGGUCGGCCAGCCGUUCACUGUGGCCAACCUGCCCAUCGCCACGCUGGCGCAGACCGCCAACACCGUCACGCUCCACACGCUGCCGGGCGGCUCGCAGAUCUUGACCCGCUACACGGGCGGCGGCGGCGCCGGGGGAGCGACGGUGGUCACCACGGCCUCGGCGGACGGCAAGGGGGGCGACACCUUCACCCUCCACCCGUCCUCAGGGCUCACGCUAGUGGGCACGGCCGCAGUGCAGGACCCCAGCCACCUGGGGGCGGUCAUGAGCAACAUGGAGCUGGUGCAGCUGGCCCCGGGCACCAUAGGGACCGAGGGGAUGGUGGUGUCGGCCGCGGGCGGCGCCGAGGUCAUGGAGGGGGCCAUGCUCGUCCAGCAGGACCUCAGCGGAGUGAUGGGAGUCGGGGGCAUGACGGUGGCGGCCGUCGGUGGCGGAGGAGAGGUGGAGGAGAGCCAGACCCACGCCACGGUCAUCGAGAUCGACCCCGCGCCCGGCGGAGUGGAGCAGCACGCCGUCGGGGUGAUGGAGCUGCAGCUGGCCACCGGGGCCUCCGGCGAGGGGGUGGACGACGACGAAGUGACCACCAUGGUCGUGCAGGGAUCGAUGGUGGCAACAGGCAGCGAGGAGGAGGAGGAGGAGGAGGAGGCUGCACCCAUGAUGGAGCAGGGGGAGGAGGUGCAGACAGGCCAGGGGGAGGCGCAGGGAGAGGAGGUGGCUGUGGCGUCAGGAGAACUGCAGCUUGAGACUGAUGGACAGCUAGAGACGCUGCAGAUUAUGGUGGUGGAGGACGACACGGCGACGGCCACUGUAGAGGACAAGUGAAGAAGUGUGUGUGUGUGUGUGUGUGUGAGGAGCGUUCUCUGCACUGCCAACAGUACAUGCGUGGAAUGAGGAGAGCAGAUUGGCACGCUUGUGUGAGUGUAUGUGUUUGUGUGUGUGUGUGUGUGCCAUACGUGAAUGUGUGCGUGUGUGAAACGUUUUGGAGAGCUUCAGAGCUGCCAAGGACAAGCCUUCACACUAACGCACUGUAACAUGGACCUCCGUAACUGUGGCUUCGAUGUAGUUGACAAAUUGUAAUUUAAAAAUAAACGACUGCUCGACAGGGUUCCCCAUUUCA